AUGGCUGUCCCCCGCGUCCCGCCCGCCGGCGUGUGGUGCCCCGCCGUGACCUUCUUCGACCAGUACUCCGAUACCGUCGACCUCGCCGCCCAGGCCCGGUUCUUCACCUACCUGUCGCGCUCGGGGCUCACCGGCCUCGUCGUCCUCGGCACCACCUCCGAGGCCUUCCUCCUGACUCGUGAAGAGCGCGCCCAGGUCAUCAAGACCGCCCGCGACGCCGUGGGCCCCGACUUCCCGCUCAUGGCCGGCGUCGGCGGCCAUUCCACCAAGCAGGUCCUCGAGCACAUCGAGGACGCCCAGCAGGCCGGCGCCAACUACGCCCUGGUGCUGCCCGCCGCGUACUUUGGCAAGGCCACCACCCGCUCCGUCAUCAGCACCUUCUACGACUACAUCUCGUGCACCUCGCCGCUGCCCGUGGUCAUCUACAACUUCCCCGCCGUGUGCAAUGGCAUCGACAUGGACUCCGAGCACAUCACCGAGAUGGCCCUCCGCGACCCCAACAUUGUCGGCGUGAAGCUGUCGUGCGGCAGCGCCGGGAAGAUCCCGCGCCUCGCCGCCGAGCUGCUGCCUGAAGACUUCUCCAUCUUCGCGGGCCAGUCCGACUUUCUGAUUGCCGGACUCAGCGUGGGCUCCGCCGGGUGUAUUGCUGCCUUCGCCAACGUGUUUCCCAAGACGGUCGCGAAGAUAUACGAGCUGUACAAAGCUGGCCAAAUCAAGGAGGCCCUGGAGCUGCAUCAGAAGGCGGCCCUGGCCGAGUCGCCGUGUAAGUAUGGCAUCGCGACCACCAAGUAUGCAGCGGCUCUCUACGCCGCCAAGGCGGCGGGCAUUGACGACGCCGAGGUCAAGCUGCUGCCGCGGCGGCCGUACGAGCCACCGACUGGCGAGCAGAAGGAAGAUGUUCGGAGUAUGAUGGCGGAGAUUGCAGGUAUCGAAGCUGGGUUAUAA